CUCAUUACUACUAUAUAUACUCUUUAGCCCUUUUACUAUUUUCUUUUUCUUUUACUCUUUCCUGAAGAAAAAAAUGGAUCAACUAUACCAACUAUUUUGUAUACCAAAGCCACCUGCGCUUUCUAUUAAAGAUUUCAAGGAUAAUAACUUCAAUGCCUUUCUGGAUAAGGUACGACUAUAAGAACAAAGAGUGAAAAAAAAAUUUUUUUAAGCUGUUUUCUAUCAGUCGAUGCGAUGCGCGCAUAGCAUUUCCAGUGACGCAGAGCUGAAGCAAGAAGCAUCCCAGCAUAUCAAAAGGCUAAUAUCCAAUAAAUCCAAUAGUCCAAGCAAUACGCUACGAACAGUGAAUACGAUCUUUGAGAGUGCAUCCAAGGCGUGUCACUUUGAUCGAGAGCGUGCUUUGGUCGAAUGGAUGCAAGUCUGUGUAGUAUCUGCUGUUGAAUUGGCCUUGAACGGGGACAAGUAUCCUAUGUCCGAAAAGCCAGUAAAGGAAGAAAAGAAGAGCCAACGAAUAGAUGAUGACGAUGAUUUAUCGUGGCGUGAGGAGGAAGAGGACUUUGAAGAUGAAUCUGGCGACUCGGAUGAUGAUUAUGUACCACCUAAAGUAGAUGAUGAUGAUGUAAAUGCCAUUGUGCCUGUCAUGGAUACACCCAAGAAAAAGAAAUCGCCUCGUAAGAAGAAGAACGGCGAUCAAGUCGUACCGUCCAACGAAACAGCUCUUUCUGUUGUAAAAGAAGGAGCAGGUGCCAAGACAAUCCACAAAUAUUUCCUAGACAUGACCUCAUCCAAUUCCCUACCCAAUGGUUACUUUGCUAAAGCCUUCUUUUUCCCUUCAAAAGAAAGCUUCAAGGCAUUCAUUUCUGUACUAAACUCGGCCACAAAGACAUUGGAUAUCUGCGUAUUUGCAUUCACAGACGAUGAUAUUGCAAAUGCACUCAUUGCUGCCAAGAAACGAAAGGUAGCUAUUCGAAUUAUUACUGAUAAUCAACAGGCGGCAGGUAAAGGCGCAGAUGCAAAGAGAUUAUCGGAAUCAUACGGUAUACCCUUUAAGACAGAUCAUACUCAGGGCUAUAUGCAUAAUAAAUUUGUCAUUGUCGACGGUCAAACACUAGUGAACGGAAGCUUCAACUGGUCCAAAGGGGCUCGUUUCAAGAAUAGAGAAAAUGUACUUAUUACUAAUAUUCCUCUUUGUAUUCAAGAGUUCCAGGCGCAGUUUGAUGCUCUAUGGAAAGAGUUUUAACUUCAAUAAUAGUAAUGUAAUUACAUAAGAUGUGAUCUACAAAAGACACAGAGCAUAUAAAUAGCCUUAUUAAAAAUAACCUCUCCUUUUGAGAACAAAACUUUCCAUUAUACAGUCUUUUAAUAGGAAGCCGUAUUUUGCAGUUUUUAUUAUACAAUUUAUACGAAAAAGCGACAAGUCAGCACGACAUCUCUUUCUGGAGAUAGUGUA